CGACAAGGUUCUUCGUGUCUGUCACUGUAGUGAACAAGUUCAAGUGCUUCAGUUGUCUAUAAAAAGUUAGCAUGUGGUAUUUGAAUGCCGGUGACCUCGUAGCUGCGAAUUUGCGUUUUGCUUCAUCUUACCUUGGCUCCGAUGUUAUCUCCGGUUUUCCGCUCUUCGCAUCCGACACCCUCACAUUCUACGUCGUCACGCC